AGUUUGUGCCCACUCGAAAGAGCGCUGCGCCUCUCAAGGUUCGCCGCUUUACUUGUCACCUGGAGCGAACCCGAGUCACUUGCACUCGUGUCUAGGAGGAAGCGCAUUCUCUAUUUUCGUAGAGGGAAAUAGUCAUCUGCCCAGGGCCCAUCACUGUCUCACACCGCGCAGUGUACUUUCUACUAUGAGCAAGACGAUCCCGACAGCCUCUGGCUCAGACCCUCUCCAUACGCUGAACCAGACGCAAGGGUCUUCGACCGACGAACAUGUACGCGGUACAUACACAUCCGACAUCGUAGCCGCACCAGCUCUUAGCCAGAGGAGCACAAGUGCCGAUGGAAGUGGCAGUCACGGCGCGCUUACGGCUACGGAGGAGAAAGCGCCAGCGACCGGAGUGCUCGAAGGAGAUGAUGUUAUCCGCGAUUCUUCCACGAUCACGGCGGCGGAGGAAGGAGAUGGGCAUGAAGAGGUCCAGGAGAAAGGAGCAAGUCCGACAGUUGUGACGUACCCAGAAGGAGGACUGCGGGCGUGGCUGGUGGUCAUGGGAGCCUUCUGGUGCACAUUUUUCACAUGGGGCUUUGUCAAUGCCUUCGGAGUAUUCGAAGAGUACUAUCUGGCCAACAAUCUCAGCAACAAGACAUCAUCCGAUGUGGCCUGGAUCAACUCCAUCCAGUACUGUUUCAUCUUCUUUCCAGGCGUUUUCACAGGUCGCCUCUUCGACAUGGGCUUCUUCAAGCCCCUGAUGCUCUUUGGAAUUCUCCUCUUCGUCUUCUGUCAGAUGAUGACUUCUCUUUCGACCGAGUACUACCAACUCAUUCUGGCACAAGGCUUGGGAUGCGGUAUUGCCUUCGGCAUCAUCUUCUCACUCGCAGUCGCCGUGCCAGCGCACUGGUUCUUUGCGAAGAGAGGGCUAGCGUACGGCAUCGUAGCUGCUGGAAGCUCGAUAGGAGGUGUCAUCUUUCCCAUUAUGACGCAGCGGCUGAUCCCAAUGAUUGGCUUCCCAUGGACGAUGAGGGUGAUUGGCUUCAUGGCUCUAGUCCUGCUGCUCUUCUCGUGGCUUGUCAUGGCGCCUCGCCUGGAACCGUCCAUCCCCACCAAGAAUGGGGCGUGGAAGAAGGUAAAAUUCUUCGACUUCACAGCAUGGAAGUACCCGCCCUACACGGUCUGGGUGAUUGGUUGUUCCCUGAUCCUCUUUGGUCUCUACACACCGUUUACCUACAUUGGUCUCUUCACGACCGCAUACAACAUCCCACAAGGCGAAUACAUGCUCUCGAUCCUCAAUGCGGCCUCCCUCUUUGGCAGGACGCUUCCUGGCGCUCUCUCGGAUCGAGUGGGAAGGAUCAACACCAUCAUCCCGCACCUAUACAUCUGCGUGGUGCUCAUCUUCAUCUUUCCCCUGUGUACCAAUCUCGGCGGAUUGGUGACCUUUGCAAUCAUUUUUGGAUACUGCUCCGGAUGUUAUGUAUCUCUUUUACCAGCGGGUGUUGCCCAGCUAGGAAGCACGGCAAACGUGGGUACGCGUCUGGGUCAAAUGUUCCUUCUCAUGUCCUUGGGUGGUCUGCUAGGUACCCCCAUCUCCGGUGCCAUCCUAGGUACGGGUGAUGACCUGAAGUGGUGGCCCGCAAUGAUCUAUGCUGGGUGCAUGGUCCUGGCAGGCACGACGCUGAUCCAUCUCGCGCGGCAGCUGCAGCUGAAAACAUGGGGUCUGAAAGGCAAAAUCUAAACAACCAUCACGAGGUUCCGCCGGCAGGGGCUAGCUUAACAUAUUCGCGCUAUCUAUCAUCCA